AUGAGUUCCUGGCUGCUGCUUAUGUCUCUGCUAAUUUUAAUGCUUCAUGAAGCUCAAGGCUUACGUUUGACAAGAGAAUCUGUAUCGGCUAGACAUCAUCAUGAUAUUCCUGAAAGUGUUCCAGAACGAAGAAAUAAUGGUGGAGUCCAAGAGGAUUUUCAUUGCAAAAUCAGGCACUGUUCAGGAAGGAAUGGAAAACUUAUUACCAAGACAGUUACCCAUAUUUCCAGCGGUGACACCAUGUCUAAGAAUGACAAGACUGAAGGAAAUAAAGAUCAUACCAAAUCAAGAAGUGAAAAAAUUAGUGUGACAGAAGAAAAUCUCCCUACCAAUUCAUCCUCAGUAACUGAAAAACAACAGCCUGCGCCAGAGCCUUAUCCAGACGUUUUGGAUAUAGCUGGAAUGGAUUAUUCUCAAGCUAGGAGAAAACCUCCAAUACACAAUUAG